CGGUCACAUAAAAUUCUAUGACUGCUGUGGGACGGUAGUCUGUAGGUCUCCGUAUACUCCUCUCACAGUAUUUUCUCGUCAUGGAGCAUUCCUCUUUAGAUUUAAGUAUAGUAAAGAAGGAGCCGGGAUUUGACGAGCCUUUUUCGUCUGAACACGGGAUAUUCGACAACAUGAUGUCAGAUGAUUUUCACGACACAAGCUUCCAUUCAGUGCACUCCUGCUCUGAAGAAGUUCCCGUGGACUGGCUAUCAGGAUUUUUUGACGAGGUUUCUUCCUGUAGCGACUCGACUUUGAACUACAGCAACACUCUACCAGAGUACACAUCAAGUAGCUUAUCAUACAACUCGCUUGGGAAGUCACAUUAUCUAAGUUUGAAUGGCUUAAGUAUGGAUACGAUGCCUAGCCUACCAGAGGAAUGCUCCAACGAGUCGCUGUAUUGCUCAACGCCUUCAGUUCCCCACACACCAGACUAUAAGCCUCUUUCACCCGCCUCGAUAGAUUCGUCCCCGCUGGAAACCGAUGUGAAGCCACAUUUGUUUGGCAGGGACGCUCUUUUCGAACCCCAAGAAAACUUCGCACCACCGAUAAACAGUCGAUUAGAACCGACGGAGCUGAAAAUGUUCGAGCCAAAUGACGGACAAAAAAGUUUACCAGACUCGCCUCAUUCCGAAAACGACUCCGACCGGAUUGACAGUGAAUCUGCUUCUGGUGAUGGGUAUUUUCAUCCUACGCUGCCUAUCCAAUCAGAAUUUGCGACUCUCAGAGCAUGUAGAACUUACAGUUAUGACUCUGGUUCUCGCUCCCCCCAGUCCACAGCAAACACACCACCUCAUAUCAUAGAUGACUGCGAUAUGUCAAGAUCCAACACAGGAGAAACAACAUUGCCUAUUAUCCAGCAUCCCCAAGAAAAACAACCUUUUUAUUUAACAGAUGAAGAGAGAAGAACCCUUAUUGCAGAGGGUUUACCAGUACCAACUGGCCUUCCCCUUACAAAGAUUGAAGAGAGAGCCUUGAAAAAAGUUCGACGUAAAAUUAAAAAUAAGAUUUCUGCGCAAGAGAGUAGACGUAAAAAGAAGGAGUACAUGGAAACACUUGAGAAGAGAGUAGAAAAUUGUGCAAGUGAAAACUUAGAACUUCGCAAAAAAGUUGAUACAUUAGAGACUACAAAUAGAUCACUUAUAAGUCAACUCCAAAAACUUCAGUCAUUGAUAGCAGCUAAAGUUCCUCGUGCAGUCAGCGCUAGAUCCACUCAAACUAGUACAUGUUUAAUGGUUGUGGUGCUUUGCUUUGCUGUAUUUCUUGGUAGCUGGAGUCCUCUUUCGACCACUGGCGUGAGCCUACCGUCAUUAACUAGUGCGGUUAGUAAGGGAGGUGUCGACUACAGCACGCCUUCAGUACGUUCCCGCGUGUUGCUGUCAGUUGUUGAUGAUCUGGAUUCAGAAGACUUCAUUGAAUAUGGUCCCACAAACACUCUGUUUGAUCCAGUGGACAAAUUGCUGCCCUCUCUUCCAGCGACGAAGCAUUUAACACCAGAAAAUGAAACGAAUCAAUUUGUUUCCAUGGAGGCAGUUACCAGGGAGACAAGGAAAAAUGAAAGUCAAUUAGUUGCAUCCGCAGCGUAAAAAUUUUCGCUCCUUAAUUGAUAUUACAGAUAUGAACAAUAACAUAUGACAGAGGGUAUUUUAAUAGGGAGAAAAUUUGUAGAAAAAUAUAUUUUGUAUUUUAAAAACAAUUUGUAAAUCUAAGAGGAGGUAACACACAGUUACAUUAAUUUCAUUUGAAUGCAUGAAUACUACAGUCAUUGAUCACGUUCAUCGUCGCCCAUGUUACAUUUUCUCUUAACUUAUAACAAAUUUAAAUUAGACCCAAAAACCCAGUCAUACAUAUUCACCUAGUAUUUAACUAGCAGUUCGUAAAGUUUUGAGCUCGAGAAAUAUUUGUAUCGGUUAACGCAUGAUAAUUUUAUGAAGUUAAAGGUUUGGAAAACAGAUGGGCACAAAGUAUAGGAUUUUUAAUAUUAAGUCAAUAACCAAAAUGUCGCAAAUGAAGUGACCAAUAACCUCUUUGUAAAUAAUUUGUACAAAUAAGCCAAGAUUAUGCUGACAAUGCACAGUAUAGCAUCACAGUUAAUUUAGCGAAGGGUGGUGUAGUGGUAUGGUGGUACUACUUAAAGAGGUUACGUUACCCUCGGUCUUUUAAAUCGGAUGGCUUGCCCACCUUGAUGUAUGUUUGUUGUUUUGUUUGUUUUUUGUUUUGUUUCUUUAUAGUUGUUGUUACAUCUUAUGGAGUAUUUUUUUUUUCUAGAAAGUUAACCUGAUCAUUUGUCUACCGUUCUGACCUCCCCCCUCCACCCCCCCCCCGGCACUUGGUGACCAUGUGUGGUCAACCUGAGUCCAAUCAACUUCAGUUAAAAAUGCUGACGAGCCACUUUCACUUGCACUGUACCUGUAGAAAAUCGUAGCUUAGUAAUUGUUGUCUCUCCCGAGGGUGGACUGCAUGGGCUCCGCAUAGUUUAAAGGAAAUACACGUAAUCGUUUUUACCUCUGCACCAGUAAUCAAUGACAUCAAUAGUUUUGACGGGUUUUGUAUUUCGUAUCGCUAUAAUACUGUCAAAGUCUACUGAAUUCUACUUUUUAAAAGUGGUUUUCAUUUGAAAAUGGGAUGGCCGCGGUAAGGAUUAAUAGUAAUUUCAUGUUUUACUCGAAAGCAUGCGCCUAUUUCUAGGGGGCAAUUGUAAAAUUGUUCCUGAGUAAAAUCGAAUUGUUCUCCUGAGUCAUUUAUCGAGUUGUAGAGGGAGAGAGGAAUCAGUAAUAAAAAUAAUAUAUUCGGAAAAAUAAUUUGCACAAUACUAUCGUGUGAGUUGUGUUGAAUCACAACGUCAUCGUUUUUAAAAUUCUUUUUGAGACUGACGGAGAGCAGAAUGAACGUCUCUGAUAUGGUUUGAUGCUACUCUGGUUUAAGGAUUUAAUGAAUAUAACCGGGGAAUUAUAAUUCAUCGACCCCAUGCUUUGACGCUCGUGUAUAGUGCCUUCAUCAGUGGUCAUCUUAUCGUUGUAAUAAAGUCCUUUUAUAUGCUUA